AUGACCGAAAAAACGGCGCUCAUCAUUGUCGCUGCCGAUGGAAGCGAAGAGAUGGAGGUUGUCAUCACCGGUGACGUGCUCGUUCGUGGAGGGAUCAAAGUUACAUACGCUGGUCUCUCGGGAUCCGACGCGGUAAAAAACCUUAAGUUGAACUGAAAGGAAACAUCUCCCGUCAAUAGGUCAAAUGCGCUCGCGGAGUCCGUCUCCUGCCCGACGUCGCCUUCGACGAUGUUAAGAACAAGAAAUUCGAUGUCGUCAUUCUUCCGGGAGGACAACCAGGAAGCAAUACUCUCGCUGCGGUAUACCUUCCUUUCCUCUUCUCCUUAUUUUUUAGAACACAACUUCACAGCGCAUUUACAGCACAAAGGAGUCGGUGAGAUCUUGAGAACACAGGCAGAAAGCGGAAGACUUGUCGCCGCCAUCUGUGCCGCCCCUAUUGCGUUUUUGAGUCACGGCAUCAAAGCAGACAGACUGACGAGUCAUCCGAGUGUCAAGGGACAGCUCGAAACUGGCGGUGAGCCAUUGUGAUUAUCUACCAAGCUCGAACCACAAUGUGUGUUUUCAGGCUACAACUACUCGGAGGAUCGGGUUGUGGUAAGCGGCAAUGUGGUCAGUUCUCGUGGACCCGGAACCGCCUUCGAAUUCGCUCUCCAGCUCGUUUCGAUUCUCGUUGGACAAGAAAAAGCGGACAGUCUCGUCGGACCUAUGGUCCUCAAUUCAUAG